AUGGCGAGUAAGGCAGAAGACAAAGACUCUGUACUUACCGAUGUAUUGGCAAGAAUGCUAGAACUCAUCUCGCAGAUACAAAAUCGAGAACAGCGCCCUGAAUUGACCAUUGAGGCUUUGGCACCGUCGAUUAAAGAAUUUUCUUUUGAUCCGGAGAAAGGCACCACGUUUGACAAAUGGUAUUGCCUUUACGAAGAUAUCUUCAAGGAAGAUGCCAAAGCACUCUCAGAAGCCGCCAGGGUGAGACUUCUCUUGAGAAAACUUAGCCCUAAUUGCCAUGCAGGUUAUGUUAAUUCAUUACUGCCAAGAGCACCCAGAGAUCUCAAUUACGAGCAAACAGUCGAGGCCCUCAACAAACUCUACGGCUCACGUGAAUCCUUAUUUCACAUCCGAUGGAAGUGUCUUCAGAUGCAGAAAGACGAAGCAGAUGAUUUCAAGAGCCACUCUACAAAAGUAAACAAAGCGUGUGAAGAUUUCCGUCUUGGAGAUUUGACGCCAGAACACUUUAAGGUUCUUAUCUUCAUCAUGAGCCUUCGCGACAGUAAAGACAAGGAGGUGCGAUCACGCCUUUUACGUCUUUUGGACACUGAAGAUCCCUCGAAGAUUACACUCAAUCUCAUGGCUGAGGAAUCCAUCAGAUUCACCACAAUUAAAUCGGAUAGUGCAGUUGUGGAGCAAUCAGCUCAAGGGAACAAUUCUUCAAUGGAAGUGUGUGCUGUCAAGCAGAAACCUGUCAACAGCAAAGGCAAAGCACACGCACACACAAACAACAACUCUCAAAAGUCUCCAAAAACAACACCACCCUCUCCGUGCUGGCAGUGCGGUGGAAUGCAUUUUGUGAAAUUUUUUUCUGCAAGGAACAAGCCCCCUCGGGAAAAACAGCAAGCAUCCGUGAACGCGAUCGCCAUAGACGAGUGUUCAUUGACUUCACUCAGACGCAGUGUCGAUGUCAAAAUAAACAACAUAACCUAUCGUUUGUUGUACGACCCAGGAUCGGAAGUUACCAUUAUCUCAGAUGCAAAUUGGCGUCUUAUGGGCUCUCCACCACUUCAGAAUCCCUCCAUCACAGCGAGAGAUGCACAAGGAAAUCCACUGACUUUCCAUGGUGAGCUUCAUACACAGGUGACUUUCCGGGAGAUGAAUCGCGCAGCCAAGUGUCUCAUAAGCACUAGUGAUAUCAAUCUCUUUGGGGCUGAUUGGCUCACUCUUUUUGGAUUAUGGAAUGUACCAGCUUCCACCUUCACCUGCACCAGUACGGUAAAGGCCAUUGAGGGAUACACAAUCAGACACAACAUCGUCACAAAGCUCAAGCAGAAGUCUUCAGCAGCAACAACAGUUUUAUCACAGAGUUUGGGAAAACAUAACAACAACAAAGCGAAGGAACACCUUUGCCUUAAGCCAAAUUGUGCACCAGUUUUUCGUACCAGAUGCCCAGUACCGAUUCUUAUGACUGAAUUGGUAGACGAAGAACAUCAGAGACCACAAAAUGUCGAGAUCAUCAUGCCCAUGGAGUACAGUGAGUACACAAAAGCCCAUUAUCCUAUUCCCAACCCCAAGUUUGACACAGACUUUGCGGGAAUUUCGUCAUUCAGCGAUGAUGUGCCUUAUGCUACUCCUGACAUGGAGCGCCAUGGGAAAGCUUUUUCAGCUGUUUUUAAUUGUUCCGGACCCUAUGGAUCCUACUAUCCAGAGACAGAACUCAAGAGCGCCAACACGGAUUUCUUCCAUUCAUUUAUGCUCUCGGGUACCUAG